UUAUUUCUUUUCUUCUUCUUUUUUUCUCUUUCUUUCUUGCUUUCCCCUCCUCCAUUCCCCAAUUUACCCUCGUCGUCUUUCUCUCUGCCUCUCCUGUUUCUUAAUCUCCUUCUCUCGGUUGGUUUCCAUACUCCUUCCUCUUCUCUUAUCCUCCUCUUUCUUUUAUGCUCCUCUUUCUUGUGCUGUGCUUUUAAUGAUUCCCGCUCCGAUCGCAUUCCACUGACGGGGAGUCCCAAUCUUCCUAAAUCACCCGCUUUCGUCGCUCUUGAGCUCUCAGAUUUGGACGAGGAAGUGCGGUCAGGAUUUAUGUCCGUCUAUCAAUCCAGGGCUGAGAGGAUCCAGGGGCAGCUUAGGAAACCCGGUCGACCGGGCAGCUCCGGCCAGCAGAGGAGUUCCAUUGGCGGCGGGGGCGGCGGCGGCGGCUCCGCCCCUCCUCCUAUCCCCAUCUCUGCAUCCCCUGCUACUCCUUCGUCAUUGUCGACGAACCGAAGCUUCAAGAAAUCUGGUAAUGGACACGGGGGUCAAUCUAGGAUAAAUCCCACAACCGCGAGUUCUGAAGCGAGUGGUGCUGCUCCGGCUAUUACUGUCCAUCGGGCUGUUCAGAAUGGUGGUCAGGCCCCGGCUCCCUCUCCUGGAUUUUCAGAUGCACCAGCCCCAGGCAGUGCAAAACCGAUGGAUGUGCUGACCCCCAGAAAUGCAUCCCGAGCUAUCCCAAAGGUGCCAUCUUCUCAGUCUGCUACUGGAGCUUCAAGUUCUUCAACGCCCUUGACACUUCCUAAAGGGGAUGCAUCUAAGACCUUUACUCUUCAGUUUGGCUCAAUAAAUCCUGGCAUCAUGAACGAAUUGCAGAUUCCUGCUCGGACAAGCUCAGCUCCGCCAAAUCUGGAUGAACAACAUGACCAGGCUCAUGCUGAGUCCUUUGGAGCUGCUCCAACAUUGCCUAUACCUUCUGUUCCAAUAGAGCAGCAACGACAACAAACUAAAAAGGUAGGUGGUGGUACUCAUCAGUCUAGCAAUCUGGAGCAACAUCCUGUAUCACAAGCAAAGAGAGAUACAAGCAUCCCAGUCCCAUCUGCCUCAGUUGUACCCCCACCAAAAUCAUCUGUUCUUCCAGUUUCUGGGAUACCUUUGCCCAUGUCUAUGUCAUUUCAACCUCAACAACCACCAGUUCCUCCUCAACUUGGUGGCCCUAGCCCACAGAUGCUACCAGGUCUUGCAGCCAAUUCACUGCAAAUGACGAUGACAUUACCUGUGGCCAAUGUCCCCCAAGUUGCACAGCAAAUUUAUGUUCCUGGCAUCCAGCCUCAUUUUGUGCAACAACAGGCACUGAUGCAUCAGGGACAAGGUUUAGGGUUUCCCCCGUCAAUUGUUCAUCAAUUACCCCAACAAUUAGGAAACCUGGGAAUGGGCAUUACUUCACAAUUUCCUCAACAGCAGCCGGGUAAAUUUGGUGGCCUUCGUAGGACCACAGUGAAAAUAACUCAUCCAGAAACUCAUGAAGAGUUGAGGCUUGACAAAAAAACUGAUUCUUCCAAGGAUGGUGGUACCUCUGGGCAGAGGCCACUUCCUAAUGUAAUCCCACAAGCUCAGGCUAUUGCAACGUAUAAUGCUGCUCCUCAGAUGUAUUACCCCCAAAUACAGCAAAAUUCUUAUAGCCCUUCUACACUUAUUUUUACUACUACUGUUCCUCUGACCAGUGGGCAGGUGUCGAUGAGCUCACAAGCUGCAAGAUAUAGCUAUUCUGUCAGUCAAAGUGGGCAAAACUUGCCUGUCAUGCAGUCAACCAUGGUCAACAAUGUUCCAGUUGGCAAACCUUCACAUUCAUCCUCUCUGUGUUGCAUUACUAAAGGGAUAAACUCAGAAGAGAUACCAGUUUCCACCUCCCUCCCCGCCACAGUUCAUGUAACUGUCAAACCAUCCAUUGGUUCAGAAGAUUCUACUCGUUCCUGUCAAAGAAACAAAGAGACAAGUCCAGAUGGACCUGCUUGGCAGCCUAAGUCAGGUUCCAAACUGUUAGCUGAUGUUUCAUUGCCUAUCGCAAACACAAGCUCUACUGCUGGUGCUUCUGUGCCCUCAACAAAGCCAUUGAUCUCUGAAUCACCAGCUGCUGACUCUGGCUUAAUUCCAUUUGGACCUGAUGGCAGGAAAAGAGAACCUGUUGAAAGAUCUGAUUCUUUGAAGGAUACCCAGAAGAAGCAAAGUAAAAAGGAGCAUCUUCAGUUAGAUGCAUCUUCUCCUGAAGGAGCAAACCUGUCUUUGUUGAAAAUUACCAAGGGUAGAUUUGAGAGAGAACUUAUUUUUCAGGAAGGGCACACUAAAACUGAGAACACUGAAACUCCUUUAGCAUCUGAUCUGGUCGCUUCUUCGAUGUGGCCUUCCCUUAAAGCUGAAAACAGGAAUCUUUCAGGAGGAACAACUAAGCCAUGUGAAGGUAACUUAACGCCUGCUGCAUCUAGCUUAUCUGGAGCAAUAUUGGAGGAGGAAGCAUCCCAAGAUGCUUCACUAGGGCAUGCUGAUUCAUUUGGUUUGGCACCUGAUGGUGUUUCCAUCAUAGAGGAUUUUCCUUCUGAGACCACAAUUUCUUUGAGCCCUAUGGUGGAUGGAACACAUUUCAAAAGUUUGGAUACUAGCUUGAGUGUGGCAAAUACAGCUUUGGAUGCUAGGAUAGACGAAAUGCUUGACGUAACAGAGCAUGGGAAAUCUGAUGUAUUUAAUGUUUCAUCGCGAGAUUCUAAUGAUGCUGAAGUACAUCCAUCUUCUACCAUCAGAAAUUCUUCUGAAUUUUCAUGUCAAUUUGUGUCAUUAAAAGAAGAUGAUGGGGUAAGAAAUUAUGAGAAAGUGACAUCUAGGGACUACAAUGCAGCGGACAACAAACCGUUGAAUAGCUUUGUUGAAGACGUUGGUACCAGAGAGGAGAUAAAUAGGACAGUCAAUGUACAAAAUAGGCCUAUUGAUGCAGCUUUGGACUCAGCUGAUUCUGGAACUGCAUUUGUUAGUGAUGUUUCAUCUGCAAAUGACGGCAAAGAUAAGCUUGAUUUGUUUCCAACCACACGUGAAGUAAAAUAUAGCAAGGAUGUUGGUUUGACUGAUUCUGGUGUUAUGCCCAUUGAAUCGGUCCCUGUCCCUAAUUCAUCCCUUUCUGAGGUGGCACAGAAGCUGGGAUCUAAAGUUAUGGAAUUGCCUAGUGGACUGAUUUCUAUGGCAAGCAUGGGACAGAAGGAAAAAUCUUCCUUGGAAAGCUCAAUGCCUAAGAUUGUGGCUGGAAGAAAGAAGAAGAGAAGGGAAAUACUUUUGAGAGCAGAUGCUGCAGGGGCAUCUGACCUUUACAAUGCGUACAAGGGCCCAGGGGAAAAGAAUGUGAUUGUUAGUAACUCAGCAAGUAUAGAUAGCUCAACAGCUGACACAAUGGUUGCACAUGUAGAUUAUUCUAAAAAGGAUGUUGCUGCAAGUGAGGAAGAUGGGCAGAACAAAGCUGAAUUGGAUGACUGGGAAGAUGCAGCUGAUAUAUCCACUUCAAAACUGAAAACAUUAGAGCAUGGAAAGCCAGCUGAUGGAGCAGGGAAGCAAGAUGGUGAUGAUGGUUAUGAAGCCACUAGUCGAAAGAAAUAUUCGAGAGAUUUUCUAAUGACCUUCUCGCAGCUGUUUAUGGAGCUUCCUGUAGGUUUUGAGAUUGGUUCUGACAUAGCAGAUGCAUUGAUGAGCACUCCACUUGGGAAAUCACCGUGUCUAAGUCCUGGGAGGAUCAUAGACCGGCCAUCGGGUCCUCGGUCAGAGCGUCGUAUGGUUAGCAAUUUGGAUGAUGAAAAAUGGAGCAGAUCACCUGUGUCUUUUGGCCCUGGACGUGACCUUAGAUUGGACGCUGGGCAUGGAGCUGCAAUUGUUAGUCUUCGACCUGGGCAAGGUGCCAGUUAUGCAGUUCUGAGAAAUUCUCGUGCCCAGGCAUCCAAUCAAUUUGGAGGAGGUAUCCUGUCAGGACCAACACAACCCUUGACAUCUCAGGGAAGCAUGCCACGUGGAAGUCCUGAUGCGGACAAGUGGCAACGCGCAAAAGGUUUAAUACCCUCUCCUCAAGCACCUUUGCAGGUUAUGCACAAAGCUGAGAAAAAAUAUGAACUGGGCAAAUCUGUUGACAAGGAAGAGGCAAAGCAAAGACAACUAAAAGCUAUCCUUAACAAGUUAACACCUCAAAAUUUUGAAAAACUCUUUGCCCAGGUCAAGGAGGUUAACAUUGACAAUGCAGUUACUCUUACUGGUGUGAUCUCACAGAUUUUUGACAAAGCUUUAAUGGAACCAACCUUCUGUGAAAUGUAUGCUAAUUUCUGUGUUCAUCUUGCCUGUGAACUACCGGGUUUCAAUGAAGACAAUGAAAAGAUCACUUUUAAAAGACUGCUCCUGAACAAAUGUCAAGAGGAAUUUGAAAGAGGGGAGAGAGAACAAGCUGAAGCUAACAAAGUUGAAGAGGAAGGUGAGAUCCAGCAGACCAAAGAGGAAAGGGAAGUGAAAAGGCUUCAGGCCCGCAGGCGCAUGCUGGGCAAUAUUAGGUUAAUUGGGGAAUUGUACAAAAAGAAGAUGUUGACUGAGAGAAUCAUGCAUGAGUGCAUCAAGAAGUUGUUGGGACAAUAUCAGAAUCCUGAUGAGGAAGAUCUUGAAGCUUUGUGCAAAUUGAUGAGUACAAUUGGGGAGAUGAUAGAUCACCCCAAAGCAAAGGAGCACAUGGAUGCAUACUUUGACAUGAUGACAAAGCUCUCAACAAAUCAAAAGCUAUCCUCACGUGUUAGAUUUAUGCUGAGAGAUGCAAUUGAUCUUAGGAAGAAUAAAUGGCAGCAGAGAAUGAAAGUCGAGGGGCCUAAGAAGAUUGAGGAGGUUCACAGAGAUGCAGCUCAAGAAAGGCAAUCCCAGUCAAGUAGGUUGGCUCGUGGUCCCAUCAAUAGUAAUGUCCCAAGACGAGGUCAAGCAGCUGAUUAUGGUCCCCGUGGUUCCAUGCCAUUAACUUCUCCAAACUCUCAGCAGAUUGGUGGUCCUCGUGGAUUGCCAUUUCAGUCCCAUGGGUACGGCAAACAGGAUGUGCGGGUGGAGGAUAGGCAUCAGUUUGAAACAAGAACAAUGUCACUUCCCCUCCAGCAAAGGUCUACUGAUGAUGAUUCUAUUACCCUUGGUCCUCAAGGGGGUCUUGCCAGGGGAAUGUCUAUCAAAGGACACCCAUCAAUCUCUAAUGUUCCAGCUACUGAAACUUCUCUAGCUGUUGAACAUCGUAGAAUAACGUCGGGUCCAAAUGGUACUAGUUAUAUGGCAGAUAGGUUAUCUGGAGCAACAUCUGAUCAAUUAAACCUUCUAGUUCAUAGUAGUUACUACGGGGUCAGAGACUUUAAGAGUUCAGAUCAUACUUUUGAGAGAUCUGUUACGUCUAUCCUACCUUCUGGACGAACUCAUGGCACUUCAGGUGGCAGCCUAAACUCGGUUUCUGAAUCAAGAACAAUAUCAGAAGAAGUUUUACGAGAAAAAUCAAUAUUGGCAAUUAGAGAGUUCUACAGUGCCGAGGAUGAGAAAGAGGUGGUGUUGUGCAUCAAGGAAUUAAAUGCUCCAAGUUUUCAUCCUUCUGUCAUCUCGUUAUGGGUCAUCGACUCCUUUGAAAGAAAAGAUGUGGAACGAGAUCUCCUAGCCAAGCUUAUUGUUAAGCUUUGCAAAUCAAGAGAUAGCUUCCUUAAUAAAGAUCAGCUACUCCAGGGGUUUGAAUCUGUUAUUUCUUCGUUGGAGGAUGCCGUAAAUGAUGCUCCAAAAGCACCUGAGUUUCUUGGUCGUAUUUUUGCUAAAGUUGUGAUGGAAGAUAUGACCCCUUUGAGAGACAUAGGAAGAUUGCUAUGUGAAGGAGGCGAAGAAUCAGGCUGUCUAAGAGAGAGUGGGCUAGCGGCAGAUGUGCUCGGUAACAUUUUUGAGACCAUAAAACUAGAAAGAGGAGAUACUGUCUUGGAUGAGAUCCGGGCUAGCUCCAAUCUACCGUUGCAAGACUUUCGACCAACGCAUCCAAUAAAAUCAAAGUUGGAUGCAUUUUUUUGAUCGAGAGCACCGUAGUUAUGUUUAGGUUUUGUAGGGUGUUCCAUCCAGAGAAUUGCUCUCUCUCUCUCUCUCUCACUGCUUAUGGGUUCAUAUGAUAUAUUGGUUUCUAUUUAUCCAUGCCUUAUAGUUGCCCUUGGUUCAACGAGGUUGGCAUCAGGAUAUGAGAUGAACAAUUUAUUAUUAGUUGAUAUUGGUAGCCGGAAUCAUUGAGGUAAGCUUUUUGACCUGUGGUGUAUAAAGAUUUUUUAGAAUCUUGAUUCUAAAGAAUAACAUUCAGAAAAAUCUUAUUUUUCAA